AUGAUUUAGAUCAUGAACUAUCCCAUAUUCUCUCGCCUAGACGAAUCUAUACAACUUGUAUCUCUAUCUUUACUCUCAAUCUUUCAAACAAGUAUUCAAAAAGCAUCAUUUUAACUAUUUUAGCCAUUAACUUUACUCUCCGUUAUCGUCUUUUCAAAUAGUAUUAAUAUCGAUAAUUUUAGGAGUACAAAAUCACUAGAAAUUAAAAAAAAGAGAGACCAAAAUGCAGCCCUAAAGUUGUCACAAUUAAUAGAGAUUAACUUGAUAUAAAACUUUACUCGGCAUGAAUUCAGAUUAAUUAACCAAUACAUCCUAAUUCCUAAUUCGGGUUAGCCAUAUCAUUCGGGUCGGAUCAAGGGCAAAGAGGCCCACAAUGAUCUUACAAGAAAUCAGCUGUCAAUUUUGAGUCAAAAGGUAUUUGAUCAAAUUUGAUUGGCGGGUAUUGAACCCUCCAUUUUACAUCCUGAGAGCCAAUAACUGGCACAAAAAUGGGGGAUUUGUAUGCCUUGGAUUUUGAUGGAGUUCUCUGCGAUAGUUGUGGAGAAAGCUCUCUUUCUGCUCUUAAGGCUGCUAAAGUGAGAUGGCCUAGUCUUUUCAAUGGGGUGGACUCUUCUUUGGAAGAUUGGAUUGUAGAUCAGAUGCAUGUGGUUGCAGAGGGACUAACAGUUGAGGGAAUACUUGAGAACUGGUCAAAGAUUAAACCCAUUAUAAUGGCAGAAUGGAAUGAAGACAGAGACUUCCUUAUAGAUCUUUUCGGUAAGGUUAGAGAUGAAUGGAUGGACAAUGAUUUGGCUACUUGGAUAGGUGCAAACAGGUUUUAUCCUGGAGUUCCUGAUGCACUGAAAUUUGCAAGUUCAAAGCUUUAUAUAGUCACUACGAAGCAGAGCCGCUUUGCAGAUGCAUUACUUAAAGGGAUUGCUGGGAUAACUAUUCCAGCUGAAAGGAUCUAUGGUCUCGGCACUGGACCUAAAGUAAAAGUGCUUAAGCAACUUCAGGAAAUGCCGGAACACCAGGGUCUGAAACUACACUUUGUGGAAGACCGGCUUGCUACUUUAAAGAAUGUGAUUAAAGAGUCCGAGUUGGAUGGAUGGAACUUGUAUCUAGGGGACUGGGGUUACAAUACUCAAAAGGAGAGGGAGGAAGCUGCUGGCAUUUCCAGAAUUCGUGUUCUCGAGCUCUCUGACUUCAGCAAUAAGCUGAAAUGAAACUGUAUUCUUUCACUUAACUUGGCAUUUUUUUAUGGAUUUAUACACAAUCUAGUUUGUGGGAUGGUUUAUAUUAUGUUUGAAUUAAAAUAAUUUUAUAACCAUCUAACAAAUCCAGUUUUUAGGACAUUAUGGAGG